UGAAGCGGCGGAACCAAUGAGUGCGAGAUGUUGAGUGACAGCUGUCCAAUAGGGACCCUCAGUGCUAGUACGGUUUACGGCUUAAGCGCCGCCGCCGUGGUCUGAGGAAUGUCAACUAUUCAACAUGGAGGCGGAGGUCGAUAAGCUUGAACUGAUGUUCCAGAAAGCUGACUCUGAUCUGGAUUACAUUCAGUACAGGCUGGAAUAUGAAAUCAAGACAAAUUAUCCUGAUUCAGCAGGCAAGAAAAAUCCAGUUACACUCUUAAAAGAAUUGUCAGCAAUAAAGUCUCGAUAUCACACUUUGCAUACACGCUUUAAACCAAUUGCUGCUGAGCAGAAAGAGACCAAGAGCCGCAUUUGUGCUACUUUCAAUAAGACUAUGACCUUGAUACGAGAACUACAAAAGCAAACGGACCUGGAGAUAACUGACUUCCUUGAGAUGUGUGCCAUUCCUCACAACCUCACGUCUGAGCUAUUACCACUGACGGAAGAAGAGAAAACUGCGGCAGAGCAAUUAAAAGCGCACAUGUCAGAUUUAUGAAGAAAUGGACUUGCAAAAGGAAACUCUAAUGGUGAAGAGAUCCCUUCCAGAAGGAUCUAGGAAGAUGUCUUGUUAGCAUUUGAUGACUACUGGUGGGGGGAUGACAAAGAAGAUUUGGCUUGGGUGAUUGGUUAGUGAUGCCUUCUGCAAAAAACAGGAAUACAGGAAGGGCAGAUACUAUCAAAGUUCAGCCAAAAGGAUGGGAUGAAAAUAAAAAGAUUAAAAAAUAUAUGCACACACACACACACACACACACACACACACACAUAACUUGUAAUUUCAGGAAAGGAAGUCUCAACACCAUUUUGUAUUUGUUUUUGUAUAAUCAGGAUAACAUAGAUGUCCUAGCCUAUUAUAAAAGUAUAUUCAUGUACUGUCAGUCAGUCAAAUGUGACUGAACAUGCUUUGGAAAUUAAAGGAUAGAAAAAAUAUUUGUAUCAUAUAUAUGUAUAGAAUUUUAUAAUUAAAAAUUCUGAUUACAGAGGUGGUCACAUUAUUGAUGAGAUUGCUAAUAAACAGUCUCCUGCCAUACCUAA